GUUUCAUACCUUAUAUCCCCAUAACACAAAUCGCCUCACACCAUGUUUGAUCACAAUACUCCCGGCCCAAUUCAAACCACUCCAUAACAUCUGCAAGUUCCUCGACGCCUUCUAUAUCUACGCCGACGAGGCCUGUCACAACAUAACACGCUAGAUCGAGGCGACCCAUUAUUGCGCACAUGUGCGCUCCGGCGUUCGACAAUACGUCAUCUACGACUCUUCUGACAAGAACGCACGUUUGAUUGGGGUUGAGUAUAUGAUCACUAAGGAAAACUAUGACAAACUCCCUGACUACGAGAAGAAGCUCUGGCACUCACACGACUUUGAAGUCAAGUCAGGUAUGCUCUUUCUUCCAUGCCCGGAGGGCGCGGAUCCUCAGGAAUGGGGGAAUGCCGAAAAGGAGGCGAUGAAGGAUAUUGUGGGGUUAUAUGGCAAGACAUGGCAUUUCUGGCAGGUUGAUCGCGGGGAUGAACUUCCAAUAGGGUAUCUAACAUUGACGUGGUCAUUGACAGAAUACAAGCAGGUUGAUUUGGAUUCUGCGCUGAAGGGACGGAAUGUCCGGUUGAUGGUGGAUCACCAUGACAAGGCGCAGCAGAGGGAAGGUAUUGAGAAACCUGAAAUCAUUCCUCUGGCAAACUACUGGUGGAAAGAGGGAAGGUAAAUAUGGAUCAAGCAAGAUGAAUGUUGGGUAAUUUGGCAAAGGCUGUAGUAUUAAGCAAUAAUCAGUUUUGACUGCCAAGUAGUGAACAUUAGAGAGUAGGUACACUGAGGAAUGCAAGCAUUGAACUA